AUGGGCCGCAAUUUACUACAAGUGCUGCGGCUUUUCAGUUACGAGUUGGUGAAGCCCCCGGAUGGGUUGUGGGGAGCGAAGCAGGCGGACGGCUCCUGGAGUGGGAUGAUGGGUAUGGUGCAUAGAGAGGAGGUGGAGUUCGCCGUGGGCCCGUUCACUAUCACCCCCGAGAGGGAAACCGUGUGCGAUUUCUCAUGGCCCGUGCACAGCGACAACCUCGCCCUCAUCAUGGUCAGGCCCGGACUUCAGAAUGAUGUCAGCGGCUUUCUCAAACCAUUUUCCUGGGUUGUGUGGCUCCUGGUAAUGGUCAGUGUCCUGGGGAUUGGCGCGGCCAUGUUCGGAAUUGAACGAGGAGAAGAGAAGGUCUUCAGUUUCUCGGAGAAAAACCUCAUGAGGAAAGUGACUCAGUGGGUGUUGCAGACGCUUACCCAGGAGAGCUCAGACUGGCUGCCCCGCAAGGACGGCGGCCGCCUCCUCGUGAGCACGUGGCUCUGCGUCCUCGUGUCAUGUCUCUACAGCGGCAUCCUGCGCCAUGCUGACGUGCUGGUCACCAUCCCAUCGACGCCUGGCCUGACCUCGGCCCAGGAUGACCUUCCUUGGCGCCUGGAAGCAGGGUCGAUGAUGCCUAAAUUUCUGAUGGAAUCAGGUGAUCCAGUUCGGCAGAAAGUGGUCACGCACAGUUCGGGAACAUUCCCCGACUGCUGGGCGGCGCGACAGGCAAUCGCUCGCGGGGAAUUCGCCGCUCUCUGCGACGAAACUUCAAUGAGGAAGUCGAUCACUACUGGGAAAUGCCACUUGUAUAUCGCCAGUCAGAAAGUCUUCACCAACGCAAUGAUGGCAAUGGCUUUUAAAUCCAAUUCAACUUAUUUACCUAACAUCAACAAGGUGAUAAGGAAAGUGAAGGAGUCGGGUCUCCUGGAGAGGUGGAUGGCCUCCCAGAUCACCAACACCUCCCAGUGCCUCCGGCCGCCCUCGUCCGAUCGCAGGGACGGUAUUGAAGCUUUAGAUUUAGAGGCCUUCUCUGGGCCUCUUCUCGUGCUGGCUGGAGGAAUGGCGGCGAGCUUUCUGGUUUUCGUCGGCGAACACGUCAAGAAGACGAUGAGGACGGCCCUGCUCGAUGACGCAGCAAACGCCAAUCCCCAUAAACUGACAUGA